GCCAACAGAAAGGCGAUCGCGGCGGCCAAGGGCGUCGAGGCCAUCGUGGCCGGCAUCAAGGCGUGCAAUGGUGACAAUCAGACGAUCAGCUACGGCUGCCGCGCGCUCUACGUGCUCGACAAGCACCAGCAGAGCUUCAAGGUCAAGGAAAAGAACGAAAGCGAAGCCUCGGGCGCCGAUGGGCAGACGGCGACGCAGGUGGCAAGCAGCGGCGCCGAAGAAGACGAGAUGGCACUAAGCCCCGAGGACCGACAGUUCUGCGAGAAGGGCCGCGAGCGGAUGGAGGCCUACGCUGACGAGCUCAUCCCAGUCCUCAUCGACAUCAUCCGCAAGCACGUCUCCCUAGCACACGUUGGUGUGAGCAAGCCGGCCACUGUGGGCUACCCAUCGGACGAGGCCUACAUGCUGCGACACAUCUGCCUCCUCUUCUUCCUCUUCUCGUCCAUUCCGUCGAUCCUCCACAAGAUGGUCACCUCCGCCGAGUAUCGGUUCACGGACGUGCUGACGGAGUUGCUGGCCGACACUGUGGUCGAGAUACAGGUCAAUGCGCUGGCCGUGAUCGCCAACUUCGUGGAGACCGUGGAGAGCGCGCGCCUCCUCUGCCAAAGCCCUCGUCUGCUCGAGGUGUUGCGGCGGUACGAAAAGCUGGAGAUGGACGAGAACAACGCCCACCUGCUCGAGAACGCGAGCUAUGCCAUGCAGGGCCUCAAGCAGAAGGUCCCCGACGAACUCGAUCGGCUCGGCAUCUCCUUCGCCAGCCUCGCCCUCCGCGAGGAGGAACUCGCCUCCGCCGAACACGGCGCGCAGUUGGCCAAGUGCGGCCUGUGCGAGGCGAAGGAAGCGCGUCGGGGCGACUUCCCCGUGUGCGGAGCCUGCAAGCAGGUGGCCUAUUGCACGCGAGAGCACCAAAAGCAGCACUGGCGCACCCACAAGCCGCACUGCCGCCCCGCCAGCCGCCAGUAG